AUGGAAGAUUUUGAACUAUCUAAUUGUGGUGGUAAAAAGAGAGCUUUGUUGAUCGGUAUUAACUAUAUUGGUACUAGUAAUGAGCUUAACGGUUGCAUUAACGAUGUUCAGAAUGUGAAGAGCUUUUUGAUUGAAUACUACAAUUUCAGGGAGGAAGAUAUGGUUAUCUUGACUGAUGAUCAACAAGAUGAAAAGUUCAAGCCUACUCGUGCCAAUAUUACUGCUGCCAUGCAAUGGCUUGUUCAUAAAGCUGAGGCUGACGAUUCCGGUCACGGUGGUAGAGUGAAAGAUUCUCAUAAUGAUGAAGAUGAUGGUUUUGAUGAAACCAUCUAUCCCGUUGACUUUGAAAGCUACGAAGGUGACUCUGGCCAAAUUAGGGAUGAUGAAAUCCAUGAUUUGUUGGUUGAACCUUUGCCGGCUAAAUGUAGAUUGACUUGUGUUUUUGACAGUUGCCAUUCUGGUACUGUCUUGGAUUUACCCUAUGUUUAUUCCACUAAGGGACAAAUUAAGGAAUCCGACUUGUUUAAACAUGCCGGUAAAGGUCUUCUUUCCGCAGGCAUUGCCUAUGCUUCAGGUAACAGGGCUGGCGCUUUAAGCAGUAUUCUGUCUGCUGGUAAGCAAAUGCUUCAAUCGAAGAUGGUGAGUAGCAAGAACCGUAGAGAAAACUCCUCCAAAGCCGAUGUUAUCAUGUUCUCUGGCUGUAAAGACGAUCAAACCUCUGCUGAUGCCAAGGAAGCUGGUCAAGCUACUGGCGCCAUGAGCUACGCAUUCACUAAAACUCUUCGUGCCAAUCCUCACCAAACCUAUCAAGAAUUAUUGAAUAGUGUCCGCGAUAUUCUUCGUGCUAAGUACUCCCAGAGACCUCAAUUGAGCGCUUCUCAUCCUAUUGAUGUUAAUUUACAAUUUACAUGUUAA